AUGAUUCCUUUAGUGUACGCCGUCUCAGAGGUAUAUGAGCGCUACUCGCAGUUCCGGCGAGGAGCUGUAUGGGCAAAGAUUCUUGUGCCAAAUAUACCUGUACAAAAUGGUGUCGUUCACAUCGUAGACAACGUUCUCGGUAUUGUCUCGAACACAAUAGAUCAGUUGCUGAUGGAUAAUUAUCGAUGCACCACACUUAUGCGUUACAUCAACACUAUCGGGCAGAUCGUCAGAAAUUACUUUUCGGCUACUGGCGGUUUGGUGACGUUUUUUGCACCCGUCAAUGAGGCCUUUGAGAGGAUUCCUGAACAGAUCGAGCGGCGAUUGCUCAGAGAUCGCGUGUGGCUGGAGCAGGUUCUCAAGCUGCAUAUCGUGCCAGCUAAGGAGUUAACAUCUGAUGAGAUCACCAACGAUACGAUCGUUUCCACUGUCGACAAUAUUCGCCAACUCUACUUUAUCAAAGGGGAAUGGCCAAAAAACAAUAUCAUCGAUUGA